AUGGGGCCGCUGGCAGUUCAGCAAUCGCAGUCUCCGAGGCAGAAGCAGCGCGCCGACACCGCCGGCGCCUCCUCCACGCACUCGUCGCCCGCGCACCCCAACAUGGCCUGCCCCGCGGUCUUCCCGCCACUCAACCUGCGCUCCACGUCGGGCGGCCGCAUGCCCUUCCCACGCGUGGACGGCGACAGCACCGACGACGCCGAGCGCCGCAACGCCACGGCGCUCACGAUCGUGGAGCUGCUGGCGCGCGGCAGCGGCGGCAACAGCAGCAACAAUAACAACAGUAACUCAAGCAACAACACACAGACGACGCUCCCCUCCCUGCGGCCACAGGCCACGGGCUGCUCGCCGCUGCCGUCGCUGCCCAAGAUGGUGAUCCCGUCUCUGCGCGGCGACCAGCGCUUCGCCUUCCCGAGCAGCUCCGGUGGCGUGACGCAGAGCUACUCCACACAGACGCCCACGACCGCGGGCGUGAGUCCGCACGGCCUCUCGCCGGCGGCGCGAUCCAUGCCCACGCCGGCACCGGCAGCUACAGCAACAACGACGGCUCAGCCUUCCACAGCUGCAGCAGUUCCCAGCCCGCCUAAGAGAGGCCGCGCGGCGUCCGGCACGGGAGCGGUCAACAACUCGCGGAAACGACAGAAGGACGAGCUCACGAGGCUCCGCGCGCAGGUGCAGGAGCUGCAGCGGGAGCUGGAGCACGUGCGCGGGCGGAUGCCCCGCAAGUCGCGGCCCAUCGCCGUCAUGAUGCACAAGAACGACUCUUCCUCCCGGGUCUCGGAGCACUCUCCCGUGGCAGUUACCUCGGCGCCGCUCAUGGGCCUCGAGGCCUCGGGCGAGACGACGAGCGGCCUCAUGGUCGUGCCCGUGUGGGAGCGCAUGGCGCAGCACCAGAAGGAGGAGAAGAGCAAGGCGGAGAUGGAGAACCUGCGCCUCAAGGGCCUCAUCCAGGAGCAGCUCAAGAUCUCCAAGGGCCUCGAGAAGCUCCUGCGGAAGAGAUGCAAGUCGUCCAUAAGCUCGGGCUCCGACGCCGAGACGUCAGCUGCUGUUCUCGGCGUCAAGCGGCCUCGUACCAGCGACACUGAAGAGACGGCCGCGUUCGCGUCCCUCGCGUCUGGACUCGACGCCCGCCUCUCCGAGAUGGAGGCAGUGUUCGAGAAGGGAGGGCUGACCCACGACAAGCAGGAGCUGCAGGAGACGCAGAUGAUUCUGGACGAGCGCCGCGGCCCGGUCAUGGAGGUCAAGGACGCCAAGAUCCUGCCGUUCGACGUGCAGGCCUGUGCCACGGCCAUCUGGCAAUGCCUCGAAGCCGAGUCGGAGGCCACCGUCGUGGGCGGCACCACGAGCGAUACGGUGUGCUUCAAGAGCUCGAUGCCGCUGCGCCAGCACCGCGCGCCCGACGCCGAGCUCACUGUGCGCUGCGUGAUCCGCCGCGUGGUGGACGACGCCUCCGGCCGCGUCGUGUUCGUGUGGGAGUCGGUGGCCGAGAGCCCCAACCGCCUCCCGCACGUGAGUGCAAGCGCCAAGGGCGUGGAGAUCCGCGAUUGCGGCUGGGGGCUGCUGGAGCCGCUGCGCUCAGCGACGGGCGAGCACUCGAGCAUCCUGCAGCUCUGCUCGUACCUGAUGCCGCAGCUCUGCGGCGUCUCGGCCGAGCAGAGUCGGCAACACACCCACGGACUGGCGGAGCUGGUGGUGCCGUGCUACCGUGCGCUGUGGAACCAGCGCCAGCGCAGCGUCGAGAACAAGCUCAUGAACGCGGCCAUCGGCGCCAAGCACAGCCACGCCGCGCUCAAGGCCGAGCCCAGAAUAUGCCACUAA